AUGGCGCUGCCGCAGCAGUGCGAGGCCGCGUUCGGCACCGCGGACCUGUACGGCGUGCUGGGCGUGCGGCGCGGCGCGUCCGCGCAGGAGAUUCGCCGCGGGUACCACCGCGCCUCGCUGCGCCUGCACCCCGACCGCGUCCCGCCCGAGCAAAAGGAGGAGGCCACGCACCGCUUCCAGAUCCUGGGCAAGGUGUAUGCCGUGCUGAGCGACGAGAAGCAGCGCGCAGUGUACGAUGAGACGGGCACGGUGGACGAGGACGCCGAGGCGCUGCAGGACGGGCGGGACUGGCUGCAGUACUGGCAGCUGCUCUUCAAGGUCACCGUGAAAGACAUCGAAGACUUCCAGAAGAGCUACAAAAACUCGGCGGAAGAGCUUGCUGAUGUGAAGGCAGCGUACAUGAAUUUCAAGGGUGACAUGGAUCGGAUUAUGGAGUCCGUGAUGUGCGUGGACUACACGGAUGAGCCCAGGAUACGGGAAAUGAUCGAGCAAGCCAUCGACUCCGGGGAGCUCCCAUCCUUCAAGGCUUUUGUAAAGGAGUCGAAGCAGAAAGUGAUGUCCAGGAGAAGGCGGGCAGAAAAAGAAGCAAAAGAGGCAAAAAAGACUAAAGAUGAACUGGGCCUUGGUGGAGAAAAUGACUUGCAAGCGCUGAUAAAAAGCCGAAGCAGAGAUCGAGAAAAGCAAAUGGAUAACUUUUUCGCCCAGCUGGAAGCAAAGUACGGGAACGGUGCUAAGAAGGGAGGAAAGAAGACCUCAGCCAAGAAAAGAAAGGCAGAAGGAACAGCGUAGACUGAAAUACCAGGUUUCACUUUGUAUGGAACCAUGGAUUUGGGAGAAUUUUGGGUGUUUUCCGGGCUCCUGUUCUGGACUGUGUGCACUGACUGGCUGUAAGUGGGAGGCAUGACACGGAAUGCAUGCUGAACAAGGAAGACAAGGCAUUCCUGUGCUACUGUCUCCAACCCUUUGGGUGCUCUACAGAUGAGAUUCAUGUGUGCUAUUCACACAUUUCUUCUGUAACAAAUCUCCUGCUAUUUUUAAAGGUCUUUGCACAUCAGCUCAACAGGUCUUUUUUAGAUAUUCCAGUAGUUUUAUAGUUUGGAAAAUUGCAGAUUUAAUAAACACAAAGGUGGUUUUUUUCCCAGAGUUUA